GAAGAAUUCAUUUGAUUGAUUUUGGCGCGCAAAAUUGUCUUUCGCGAAUUUUUAUAUUUUCUUUCCUCCUCUUUAGAAUUUUUUUUCAAUGAGAGAAUAUGUAGAGAAUUUUGCAAGAAAAUUACACGCGCCAGACCAAAAGUCACAAAAACUCAGCGUUUGAUAGCCAAAAAAUAUUGCGAGAGCAGAGAGCCAGUUAACGUUCUUAUCAGGCAGUUGAGAGAUUUUUUCGUGACGUGAUGAAAGUCGUGCGAGUAUAAAAGUAGAAUCUCAACUUGAGAUUUCGUCAAGUAAGCUUCUCUCAGUCCUCCAGUGAGUUUAUAGUGGACACUUCUCUGUGACUUUUAAUCAUCGAUCCGCAGUAAAAAGUUGGAAAAAUGGCAAAAUUCGUGUUUGUUGUAGCUUUCGCAGCCUUGGUUGCCUUCUCCUUCGCCAAUCCUAAUCCCCAACAUGGACACGGAAGCCAUGGUGGACAUGGAUCUGGUGGCUUCGGUGACAGCCAUGGGCACAACACUGGCUUCGGACAUGGACACGAUGGUCACUCUGGAGGAUUCAACCAGGGACACGGUGGACACGGACACGGAUCACACGAAUCACACGACUCACACGGCUCACACGGAUCACACGGUUCUCAUGGCUCUUCACAUGGCUUCCACAGUGGACACGGUGGACACGAUAGCCACGGUCAUGGUGGAUACGACAGGGGACACAAUACACGCUACUAAGAGAGCUGCGAGAAAGAACAAUUCUUCAGACAUGAAGUCUCAUUUGUGUGAUGCUCGCAAAAAGAUCUGUUUUUUCACCAAAGCAAUAAUCAAAUAAAAUUCCACGGUAUUUUUUCCCGAAAACAAA